AUUGGAGCAGUAACAGUAACUGCUUCACACUGGGCUGCCUGAUGUGGAUUAUUUUCCUGUGUCAUGUUUUAUUCCUUACUUAUUACAACCUAAAAGACUGUUUAUUCAAAAAUUAUUGCUUUACCUUGUGGGCUAACUAAAUGAGGAGGUAGUGACAGUCAUUAAUCAAAAGAGAUAGUCAUUAAUCAAAACACUAUUGAUUUUAGUAGAGCUAAAUUAGCAUCCUGCACAACAGGUUUUUCUCUCCUUUCAUUUCUUCACGUAUUAUUAUUAUUAUUCAGAACAGUAUGUUGUUUUUUUUACUCACAGCCCUCACAAACAAGCUAUUAUAAAUACUAAAAGUAGUGAGAAACCUUGAGGGAAAGUUUAUAACAAGCUUGUGAGGCAAAGGCUAAUACUGUAUACACCAGCUUCAGGGAUUAAUUUUACAUUGUUUUAACACACAAAAUAUAUAUAUAUAAAAAAUGGCCUCUUGCAUCUUAAUGAACUGUACUGUUAGGCUUUUAAAUGAAAUAGUACGCUAGUAAAACAAUACUUUUUAAAUUGAGGUGAUAGAUACAGUGCAGUAGGUGAAGUGUUUGUGAGGAGGCUAACACUUCAACACUUUUCAUAACAGUCUUAGCCUAGUUAAACUACCAUAACAGGUUGUUAUGAAUAUACGCUUUAUUUUAUAACUUUUAAUUGUAGUAAUUUUGCUGUAGUUUUUGUUUAGAGUAAUAUUUCCAAGAGACUUCGAGAGAAGGGAAUAAGUAGGAGGUGGUGUAGAAAUCUUUCAGCAGCACAACGAGUCUGUAUUCGCUUUCUGUACCAUUUUUACGGUAUCUUCUGAGUCUACCGUAAAUCUUGGAAUAGCCCGAGCUGAGGACCGCUACUCUCCGGGCAGAGUUGAAGUCGCGCCAGACCUGCUGGAGGAGCAUCGUGAGGACCGCUAUACCGGCAGAGAUGGCGAAGGAGGGAACAGAGACAGCGGAGGAAACCGAGCAGAUGAUCGAGAAGAACGGAGCUAAAGAGCCGGAGAGCACCGUUAAUGCGCCAGAUUCAAAGGAAAUGCGCGCCGUGCUGCUUUCAGGCUUUGGAGGUCUAAACAAACUCAAAGUGACCAAGAAAGCCAUGCCUGAACCCCAAGAAGGAGAAGUCAAAAUUCGGGUUAAAGCAUGCGGCUUGAAUUUCCUCGAUCUCAUGGUACGUCAAGGAAACAUUGAUAGUCCUCCAAAAACCCCUCUAGUACCUGGAUUUGAAUGUUCUGGAAUAGUGGAAGCUGUGGGAGAAAAUACUAAAGGCUUUGAGAUCGGCGACCGGGUAAUGGCCUUUACAAACUACAAUGCUUGGGCCGAGGUGGUGUGCACGCUGCAGGAUUGGGUUUAUAAAAUACCUGAUGAGAUGACUUUCCCAGAGGCUGCUGCUUUCUCUAUGAACUUUGUGGCUGCGUACAUGAUGCUGUUUGAAGUGGCCAAUCUCCGGGAGGGGAUGUCUGUAUUAAUUCACUCAGCAGGGGGAGGAGUGGGUCAAGCUGUUGCUCAGCUGUGCGCCACCGUCCCCAGCGUCACAGUGUUCGGCACGGCCUCUCCCUUCAAACACGAAGCCAUUCGGCACUCCGUCACGCACCUGUUCGACAGAAACCUCGACUACGUAGCAGAAGUUCGAAAGAUCUCCCCUGAAGGAGUGGACAUUGUUCUCGAUUGUCUGUGUGGGGAGAACACAGGGAAAGGUUUGAGUCUCCUGAAGCCCCUCGGGACUUACAUCCUUUACGGUUCUUCAAACAUGGUGACAGGCGAGACGAAAAGUUUCUUCACCUUCGCCAAAUCUUGGUGGCAGGUGGAGAAGGUGAACCCCAUCAAACUGUACGAAGAAAACAAAGUCAUGGCUGGAUUUUCGCUGCUCAGCCUCCUCUUUAAGCAGGGCGGCUGCAGCCGAGUGAAGGCCGCCGUCAACAGUCUGCUUUCGCUCUACGGUGAAAAGAAGAUCAAACCGUUAGUGGAUUCUCUCUGGGCUCUUGAGGAGGUGAAGGAGGCCAUGCAGAGAAUCCACGACAGAGGAAACAUCGGAAAGCUGAUUCUGGAUGUGGAAAAGUCUCCCACUCCUUUAAUGGCGAGCGACAGCACAGAGACGAGCGAGGCAGGUGAGGAAGAGGAGGAGCACGAAGGAGACAGUGAUAAUAAGGAGCGAAUGCCCUUCAUCCAGUAGACCGCAGUGAUGAGCCCCAGUGGACGGAGAGACUGUGACGGGAUGAGUCUCCCGUGUCCCCCUACCCCACCCCCACGCUGUAGUGAAGUGUACGAGUGUGUGACUGUAGCGCGUCUGAAAAUAUCCUUCUUGCCGACUGUCCAACUGAAGUGCCAUUCCCAGCACAGUGCUGAAGUGUUCCAGUGUUUCCUGACCAUGUGUGCUCUUCUUCUCUACAUGUCUGUGGAUGUUUUGAACGUGUGUAGUUCUGUUGUAUUAGUGACUGAGGAAAGCAAGCUUCAGUGUCUGCUGUGUCCCUUCAGGUUUCCCACAGCCUGUAGGGCAAAGUGAAAAUAAGAAAAAAAGAAAAGAAAGAGUUAGAAAAAAGUGAAGUUCUUUCUUUUUUAAGGCUUUCAGAGGAUUAGCUAUUUCAAUUCAUCUUUAAAGAAAGAAUGAAAGAAAAAAGAGUGAGGGGGAAAAAAAGUGAAGUUAUUUUUAUGCCUUUCAAAGGUUUAACUAUCUAAAGUCAUAAAUGUUUCUAACUGAAAUUAUGGAACGAAAGAAACAAUACGUAAACACAUUGUACUAAGCUAAUUUUAAGGUUCUGAAACGCUCACCAAUUUAGACGUGUAAAUGUUUUUAAGUGAAAUUAUGAGAAAGAAAGAAAGACGUGCGAAAAAUGUCAACAAUUAUUCUUAAGGCUUUCAGAAGCUCAACAAUAUAAAAGUGUCAAAUGUUUCAAACCAAAAUUACAGAAAGAAAGGUCAAAUUAUUUUUUUUAAACUCUUGCCUUACAGUUUAAAAAUGUAAAUGAUGCUUGAAAUAAUGAGAAAGAAGGAGAGAAAGAAAAUGGCAGAUUGAAUUUUAAAUGAUUGAUGGAAAUGUUCAUGAAUUAAAAGAUUUAAUGAGAAAGAAAGAAAUGCUCAAUAUCUCUUCAAAGACAGGUUUCCCAGAGCCUUUGGGCCACCAUGCUGGUCACACAGCAAGGUCAAAGAAAGAAACUCUUCCUUUCUCAGAUUAUAAUUCACAAACAAUGGAUUAGAGAUUCUCAGUGAAAGGAAAAGCUGAACAGCAGCGUGAAGGAAAAGCAGUGGAUGUGAAUUUCUGAGUCCUGUUGGCUUUUGUGAUUCUGCAUGUGUGUGUGUGUGUGUGUGUGAUUCUGUGUUGUGUUUACACUCUGGUGCCUGUGCUGAGUUAUUGUUUUCAAAAGUAUAUUUUUGCAAGAGUAAUGGUGUGCAGAGAGAACUGUAACUGUACCUCUACCUGUACCUGCACCUGUACCUCUCCAUAUCGUAUAACUGAACCGUGUUCUGUGCCUGUAUCACUUCUACUGUACUCUGAAAGAAGGAAACAACAUGCAUCGUACAUACCUGUAAUCACACAUAUCUCCAUCAUAAAUCAUAAAUCAUCCAGUUAUAUCACAUUACCAUUAAAGAGACUAGCUAUC